CUAAGUAAGUAUAAAUAUGAACUGACAAUGUUCGUUUUCAAGAAUUUCUUGACCCACAGGAUUUUUUCAACUUUCAAAGUUUUUUAACUGAUAAGUCUCUUACUAGAUAUGAAUACUUUAGUUGUCGUCUGGUUGUUGUUGGGCUACGUAGUGUUAUCACAUGCAACGUAUGGGAAACAAAAAUAUUCUGGAAAACAGGAAGUGUUCUGCUAUGACUAUAUGGGACUCCCGAUCCGCCCUGGACGGAGUUACUUUGACGGUUGCAACACGUGUAUUUGUGGACCAUAUGGCAGGCCAACUAUCUGCACACUAAUAUACUGCGGCUAUAAUAACAUGAACAGAGGAGGACCAAUUUCAUCCGUACGACCAGUUAAUCCCACGUACCAAACCAACGCGCUCAAUCCGUUGUUCCAAGUCAACCCAGUGGAACCCGUGUACCCGGCGAAGCCAAUUAAACAAUACCCAAGGAGAAGAUAUUAGGCAUUUUCAAGACAUUUUCUUCUUUGAUUUGUUAGUGAUAUAUUGGAAAUAUUAAUGAUUGCCAAAAGACUUGUUACGUAUUAUAUCAUCGAAAAG